GCGGGCGCUCGCAGGCUGGGUCCUCGCUGGCUCGUGCUUGUCCGCCGCCUUUCGCCGCCCGUGGAGAAGUCGGGGCCGCCAAAGCAGCGUCCACCGCCGCCUCGCCCCCGCCCUCCUCCCGGCUCGGCUGGUGGCCCUCGCGCCCUCGGAUCCCGAGUAACCCGCACAGGGCGCGGAGCGUCCCCGCGGCGGCGGCGGUGGCGGCGGCGCCGGCCAAACCAUGUUUAGGAGGAUCUUGCAGAGGACUCCUGGGAGAGUUGGCUCUCAAGGCUCCGAUUUAGAUUCAUCAGCAACUCCUAUAGAUGUCAACAAUGAAAGUUCCUCAGAGGGUUUUAUAUGUCCCCAGUGUAUGAAAUCUCUUGGCUCUGCCGAUGAACUUUUCAAACACUAUCAGGCAGUUCACGAUGCUGGUAAUGACUCGGGCCUUGGUGGAGAGGCCAAUCUUGCUUUGACACGAGAUGACAUAACACUACUCAGACAAGAGGUCCAAGACCUACAGGCCUCCCUCAAGGAAGAAAAAUGGUACUCAGAAGAAUUAAAGAAAGAAUUAGAAAAAUAUCAAGGGCUACAGCAGCAAGAGGCCAAACCUGAUGGAUUGGUGACUGAUUCAUCAGCAGAGCUACAGUCUUUAGAACAACAAUUAGAAGAAGCCCAAACAGAAAAUUUUAAUAUUAAGCAGAUGAAAGAUUUAUUUGAACAGAAAGCAGCCCAACUUGCUACUGAAAUUGCAGAUAUAAAGUCAAAAUAUGAUGAGGAGAAGAGUCUCCGGGACGCUGCUGAGCAGAAGCUGACACAUGCAACAGAAGAGUUGAGCAAGCAGACAGCUGUCAUUCAAGAUCUGAAAACCGAGCUGCUUCAGAGACCUGGCAUAGAAGAUGUUGCUGUGCUAAAGAAAGAACUGGUCCAAGUCCAAACACUAAUGGAUAAUAUGACUUUGGAACGCGAGAGAGAAUCGGAAAAACUCAAAGAUGAAUGCAAAAAGUUACAAUCAGACUAUGCUAAUUCAGAGGCUACAAUAAACCAGCUAAGAACUGAACUUGCCAAAGGCCCCCAAGAAGUUGCAGUAUAUGUUCAGGAAAUACAAAAACUUAAAGGUUCAAUUAAUGAAUUAACACAAAAAAACCAGAACUUGACUGAGAAGCUGCUGAAGAAAGACGCGGACUACACGCACUUAGAGGAGAAACACAACGAAGAAUCAGCGAGCAGGAAGACUGUCCAGGCAGCCCUGCAUCAGAAGGACCUGGACUGUCAGCAGCUGCAGGCAAGGCUGGCUGCCUCUGAGGGCUCGCUGCAGAGGGUCCAGGCAGAGCUCAGUGAGAGGGCAGAGGCUGCUCAGAAGCUCAAAGAGGAGCUGCGGGAAGUGGAGAGCAAGCAGCAGCAUCUCAAGGCGGAGUGUAAGCAGCUGCAGCAGCAGCGUGAAGAGAAGGAGCAGCAUGGGCUGCAGCUGCAAGGAGAAGUCAGUCAGUUACAUAGCCGACUUCUGGAGACAGAGCGCCAACUAGGGGAAGCGCAUGGAAGGCUGAAGGAACAGAGGCAACUCUCCAGUGAAAAGCUGAUGGAUAAAGAACAGCAAGUGGCUGACUUACAGCUCAAGCUCUCUCGGUUAGAAGAGCAGUUGAAGGAAAAGGUAACAAAUUCCACCGAACUGCAGCAUCAGUUAGAAAAAUCAAAGCAGCAGCAUCAAGAGCAGCAAGCUCUUCAGCAAAACACCACAGCCAAACUCCGAGAAGCCCAGAAUGAUUUGGAACAAGUGUUACGUCAGAUUGGUGAUAAAGACCAAAAGAUCCAGAACCUUGAAGCUUUACUGCAGAAGAGUAAAGAAAAUAUUUCCCUGCUGGAAAAGGAAAGAGAGGAUCUUUAUGCAAAAAUCCAAGCUGGCGAAGGAGAGACUGCCGUUCUUAAGCAGUUGCAAGAGAAAAACCACACGCUGCAAGAGCAGUUGGCUCAGCUCGUGGAGAAGCUGAAGAAUCAGUCGGAGAGCCAUAAACAGGCCGAGGAGAACUUACAUGACCAGGUCCAGGAGCAGAAGGCACAUCUCCGGGCUGCACAAGACCGCGUUCUUUCCCUGGAAGCCAGCAUCAAUGAACUAAGCAGUCAGCUAAAUGAAAGCAAGGAGAAGGUCUCUCAGCUUGACAUCCAGAUUAAAGCCAAAACUGAAUUAUUACUGUCGGCAGAAGCCGCAAAAACCGCGCAGAGAGCUGAUCUGCAGAAUCAUCUGGAUACAGCUCAAAACGCAUUGCAAGACAAGCAGCAGGAGUUGAGUAAGGCAGCUGCGCAGCUGGGUCAGGUCACGGCGAAGUUAGAGGAGAAGCAGGAGCACUGCGGCCAGCUGGAGAGCCGUCUGAAGGAGUACAAAGAGAAGAGCCUCUCUUUAGAACAGAAGGCAGAAGACUUAGAAGGCCAAAUUAGGAAGCUAGAAGCUGAUGCUCUUGAACUUAAAGCAAGCAAGGAGCAAGCUUUGCAGAGUCUACAGCAGCAGAGGCAGCUGAACACCGACCUGGAGCUCAGAACUGCAGAGCUGGGUAAACAGCUCGAAGAGGAGAAGGAAACAGUGUCCAGUACAAAAUUGGAUCUGCAGAAUAAAUCUGAAGCCCUUGAAAAUAUUACACAAACUCUUACCAAGAAAGAGGAAGAAAAGGUGAUAUUGAAACAAGAAUUUGAAAAGUUAAGUCAAGAUGCUAAGAAGCAGCACAAGGAGCUGAGUGACAGACUCCAGGCAGCAGGCUCACAACUGAAAGCGGUGGAGGCCCAGAAAGCAGCUCUGAUGGCAGAGCUUUCCACAGCGAAAGAAAAACUUGCACAGGCUUCUGACUCUUUGAAGAACUCCAAAAGUGAAUUUGAGAAAGAGAAUCAGAAAGGAAAAGCUGCUAUCUUGGAUUUGGAAAAGGUUUGUAAAGAAUUAAAGCAUCAACUUCAAGUACAGACAGAAAGUACACUCAAGGAGCAGAAUGAGCUGAAAAAGUCACUUGAAAAAGAGAAAGAGACUUCUCAGCAGUUGAAGGUGGAGCUCAAUUCACUCAAGGAAGAAGUCACACGGGCUCAAAAUACAUUAAAACAAAAGGAAGAAGAAGAACAGCGGCUUCAGGGCAGCAUAAAUCAGCUAAAGCAGUCAGCCGAACAGAAGAAAAAGCAAAUUGAAGCACUUCAAGGAGAAGUUAAAAAUGCUGUUUCACAAAAGACAGAGCUGGAGAACAAGCUGCAGCAGCAGUGCUCGCAGGCAGCCCAGGAGCGUGCAGCAGAGAGAGAAAAGCUGUCGGCGUUACAAAGCACCUAUGACAAAUGCCAGGCAAACCUGAAACAGCUUCAGUCUGAUUUCUACGGCAAGGAGUCGGAACUUCUAGCCACAAGGCAAGACCUUAAGUCUGUAGAAGAGAAGCUCUCUCUGGCCCAAGAAGACUUGAUUUCAAACAGAAAUCAAAUUGGAAACCAAAAUAAAUCAAUUCAAGAACUGCAGGCUGCCAAAGCUGCUUUGGAGCAGGACUCAGCAAAGAGAGAGCAGCUGCUGAAGGAGCAGAGUAAAGCACUGCAGGACGCCCAGAGGGAACAGUCGGUAAAGGAAAAAGAACUAGUAAGUGAAAAGUCUAAGUUGGCAGAGAUGGAGGAAAUUAAAUGUAGACAAGAAAAAGAAAUCACUAAACUCAAUGAAGAACUCAAGUCCCACAAACAAGAAAGCAUGAAGGAAGUAUCAAACCUCAAGGAUGCCAAACAGCUUUUGAUUCAGCAGAAGCUAGAACUUCAAGGCAAAGUGGACUCGCUGAAGGCGGCCCUGGAGCAGGAGAAGGAAAGUCAGCGGCAGCUGCGAGAGCAGGUGAAGAAGGAGGAAGAGAAGCAGAAGGAGGAGUUUUCUGAGAAGGAAGCGAAGCUGCAUUCUGAAAUAAAAGCAAAGGAAGCAGGAAUGAAGAAACACGAGGAGAACGAGGCCAAGCUUACCAUGCAGGUCACAACAUUAAACGAGAACUUGGGCACCGUGAAGAAGGAGUGGCAGUCCAGUCAACGGAGAGUCAGUGAGCUCGAGAAGCAGACAGACGACUUGCGGGGUGAAAUUGCUGUCUUAGAAGCGACGGUUCAGAAUAAUCAGGAUGAAAGAAGAGCACUACUAGAAAGAUGCCUUAAAGGAGAAGGUGACAUAGAAAAGCUGCAGAGCAGAGUUCUGGAGCUGCAGAGGAAGCUGGACAACACGACCGCAGCCGUGCAGGAGCUGGGCCGGGAAAACCAGUCUCUCCAGUAUUUUAUGUAUCAAAACUUUUUAAAAACAGAUCAAACACACGCAAGCAUUGAACAGAAAGUGGGCAGAAGACAACGAAGUACAAAACUGUAUGUCCUGUGGGAAGUGCUUUUCCGUCACAGUGAGACGGCAUCACUGCCGACAGUGUGGAAAUAUCUUCUGCGCCGAGUGCUCAGCCAAAAAUGCCUUAACCCCUUCUUCAAAGAAGCCUGUCCGCGUGUGUGAUACAUGUUUCAAUGACCUGCAAGGCUGACGAGCGUCCUGGCCGCAGGAGUGCACACUAACACUGGACUUGCAGUACAGUUGAUUCGGACUCUGGGUGCACAGCAGGCCAAAUGGGAAUGCGUAUAUUUUGGAAUGUUACCAGUAUCAAGUAAAACUCUAUUUUUGUGAGACUUUGGUUUUGAUUACUUUUCUCCAUUUAAUCCCCCAGACAGCUUUCAUGCCAAGGUCAGAAUUAGCCAAUGAAAUGUAAAUAGUCUUUGGAUGGAAAAUAGAAAAGUAUUUUUUUAAAUAUAAUUUAAUUAUUCACAAAUGAUGAACACAAUUCCUUAGUUUCUUCCUCUCAAAUUAUAUGUACAAAGUGUAUGGAUGGUUGGUAUCAUUUGUUGUGUUUUCUGUUGCACAAUAACAGUGACUUUAUUAUGUGUCCUCUUGGUGUUCACUCUUACAGGAGUGUAAGACUUUGUUUUCUCCUUGGUAGGUCUGUGGCUCAAUGAUGGUGUUCACUUUAUACACUGAUUCCUUGAGUGUCCUAAAUGCAGUUUAUGCUAAAAUGACGUGCUAACCAUGAAGUCAAGCAUCGUUUUUGUUUUGGCAGUAUUGAUUAAAUUCUCAAGUGGAUUUGAUGAACACCUUAUUUAAAAUUAAAUGGUUUAUUUUAUGGUACUUCUAGGGUUGUAUUUCUAAAACUAGAAUUACUUUCCAUUUCUUUAUCUUAUUUUAGACACCCACACACUGUCCCCUAAAAUAUUGUAUAAAACUCUCCUCCCUGAGCUGGAGGGUAAUAGCACUGUUUGGUGGCCUGGUCUUGUUUCUGCUGGCGGAAAAGUCUUCUGGAAUUAGCUCACACUACAGCCUUACUUUGUUCUUCUAGCCUCUUCAUGAAGUUGCUUUCUAAAUGAAUCUUCUGCCCCUUACCUGGCUCGGUCUUGGUUAGUGUAGCUCAGCUUUACUGUGACUGUGUAUUCAGUUUAGCCUUUUUAAAGAUGGGGCUGAUACUGCUGUUGUCCUGUCUGUAAAGACCCUAUAAAGUGUUGAGAACAGAUUAGAAUUCUUUACACUUUCUCUGACCAAUAGGAAAGAAAGACUACUUGAAGAGGUGCAAGGUGGACUUCAUGUUUCUGAUGAGGGCUCCAUGUUAACUGGGAAAUCUUUUAACUUUGUAUAACCAGUGCUAAUGGAAUUACAUUACAGCUAAACAAGAGUGGAUAUAGCCCCGAAAUCCUAAAUAAUGAUUAAAAUAGAAACAAGAUUGUUUGACCCUGUCAGGGUCAUCUGUCUGUCACUGUUGGACUGAGUUUGGGCUUCACCGUCCUGUAACCUGGAGAUGGGGAGCGUCCGAGGACUGAACCUACCACAUAUGGUUUUUUUGUUUUGUUUUGUUUUGUUUUUUUUUUUGGUUUUUCGAGACAGGGUUUCUCUGUGGCUUUGGAGCCUGUUCUGAAACUAGCUCUGUAGACCAGACUGGUCUCUGAAUAAAUAUGAAGUUCCACAUUCAGUCAGUACAGUCAUUUCAUAACAAUAGCAGAGAAAGAGCUAAUAUUUCAUCUACAAGAAAGAAUUUACAAUACACACUUGCUGUCAGGGUUAUGCAUACUUACUUACAACAUAUACAAACAAGAGACUAACAUGUAUCUUUGUUCAGCAAAGUUAAACCCUGCCAUCAGUAAUUGAUAAGGAGACCAAGUCCCAGGACUUGGAUAAAUAUACAUCCUUGAGCUUAUAUAAAACAGUGGAUGCAAGGCUCCUCAUUAAAAAUAGUUGGAGAAUAUAAACUGAGCUAUUCGUGCAUUUUAUAUCACUGUAAAUCCUUUCAAGUAGUCCCAUGCUUUUGGUUUUUUUUUUUUUUUGCUUAUGAGUACUUUGAAGUAUGUUUUUAAAAUGCAGACAUUCAACAGCACUGCUUCAUGAAAAUUCUGUGUUAAAAUUCAUCCUUUAGUUGAAGCCACUGAAGCCUUCCCUUUUCCCUCCACUUCACAAAAAACGGGGCAGGUGGCAGCAAAUAAAACCAUGUGUUUUUAGGUAGUCUUGUUUUGCCCUAAGUAAUCUCAUGUCAUAGGUCCCAAAUAGCUUCCUUCCCACAUGCUACUAUACCAGACAUUGUUUUUUCUUUAACUAUUGCCAAUUUAGUAUCUAUUGGAAACAAACAUUUAACAUUUUUCUUGUUUAAAUAAAAAGUCCUCUUCCGAGUUCCUUUUGGCUGCAUACUUUAGAUGUUUGCUAGUAGCGUUCUGUUGUCUGUGGGUCAGAGCUGGCACAUACAGAGUACCAGUUCUUGGCUACAACGCAAAAUGUAUUGGUAUCAGGCUUGCAAGCUGCAAACCCCGGCACGGAAAUCAAGAUGCGCUGGUUUGUGUCCAGUCAACUGUAUGUACGGAGCUGUUCUAACAGAAAAGCAGGCAAGGCUGCUGAUACAGGACGUAGUCCUUCUGAAGAAGGAAAAGGAGGAAAUACAAAAACCUCAGUGCAGUGUGCAAAUCAACAUUUUGUUCAACUACCUCUGAAAGUGGAAUUAGCUGGUUUAAUAGUUUCCUUACGGUGACAUGAGAUAGCAACUGCCAAACUUAUGUUCCCACCCCACUUAAAAGUCUUUACGAUUAUUUUAUAUAGUUUCGAGGUCUUUCUGGCUACUUUUUUACUCUUGCAUUUGCAUAAGAUGUCUAGCCUGCAGUGGAAGGCAGAUGACAGCUGUAUAUUUUGAUAUUUGUGACCUGCUUAACUCUAGCAGUUUUUAAUGCACUUUGGCUAUGAAAAUCACAGGUAACUUAUCUGAUUUAAAUGUGCCAUCAAUUUACUAAUUCCUAUACAUAAGCUUGAUGAAUGAUCUAUCAUUUACAAUCUGCCACAUGUUGCCGUGUCUUAAUUGCCCUUUGCCUGAAUUUUAAUGAUCAAAUUGUUCUUGUUGCACAUGUGAAUACUGUGUAUAAACUUUCUGAAUUUAUGUAAAAUUGUAUAAAAUAGAAUUGAAAAACCACUGUGUCUGUGAGAAGUAAUGAACUUACUGUAAACAUGGUCCAGCCACAAGUCUGACACUCUGUGCUUUUCUGAACUGGGUGGGGUCAUAUAUCCAUAGCCUUUGUACAGACUUUUGCAUGAGUAUUUUCUCCUUUAAGUUUUGGGGUUCAUUAUUUUAUUGUUUAUACUUGUGAUCAUGUAGUUGUGCCUUAUUUUCUGAAAGAGUUUGGCUCAGUCAAUUCUGUAAUUUCUAAUCCCAGUGAUUAGAAAGUUCCUGCUUACAACUGGCAUAUUACGAGACAGUGUUUAGCUCUGUGUAAAGUGGAGGGACCCUUGCCACGUGGGUUUAAUAUGUCAAAGAUGAUAUUAAAGACCGUUUCUUUCCAGCAAUG